UCCUGACAACAUGAAAUCUCUCUGGAUAUUGUUUGUUUUAAUCAACGUGCAGAAACUCCUGAAGACUGGACACUGCACAGAAACACAGGACCAAAUCCUGUCAAUCACCCCAAAAACAGAGGAGCAAGUGGACAUCUUGAAGAAUCUCACCUCUCAAUAUGAGACAGCCUUAUGGCAGCCGGCUGCACCUCAAUACAUCCAAGAAGAAAGUGAGGUCCACCUGUUUGUUCCUGCAACCAACUUAGAGACUGUAAAGAACCUGCUGCAGGGACAUGCCAUAACCCAUGCGGUGUUACUGGCCAACACCAAUGAGUUGAUCGAAAUGCAGACGAUGAACGACUCCACCGACCCACGGAGCAGCACAAAUUUCUACGAGAGAUAUCACAGUCUGGAGGAUAUCUAUUAUUGGAUAAACAGGACCACACAGGAAAACCUCGCCAGAGUAAAAACCAUUCUCAUUGGCUCAUCGAGUGAGAAACGUCCGCUCUAUGUCCUGAAGUUGUCUUUAAAUGACAGAGCAGAUAAGAAGGCCAUGUGGAUUGACUGUGGGAUCCAUGCCAGGGAGUGGAUCUCUCCUGCUUUCUGCUUGUGGUUUGUUCAGCAUUCGUUGGCCUUUUACGAUGUAAACCAAGACAUCACUGACAUCCUGGACAACAUGGACAUCUACAUCCUGCCUGUGCUGAACCCUGAUGGAUACUCUUACACAUGGACACAUUACACAAACAGGAUGUGGAGGAAGAACCGCUCCGCCAGCAUGAACAGUGACUGCAUCGGAGUCGACCUGAACAGGAACUUUGACGCCAACUGGUGCACGGAGGGAUCCUCUCCUAACCCCUGCACUGAGAUCUACUGUGGCGCCUUCCCAGAGUCAGAACCAGAGACUCACGCCGUGGCCGAGUUCCUGCGCAGCCACAAAGACACGAUCCAGCUCUACGUCAGCAUCCACUCGUACUCUCAGAUGCUGCUCUUCCCGUACUCGUACACCGUAGAGGAGGCAGAGAACCACAACGAACUGCUUGAGAUUGCCAAAGAAGCAACCGAGAAAAUCAGGAGAUACUACAGGAGCAACUACAGAUACGGUUCAGGAGCAAAGACAAUAUACUUGGCUCCAGGUGGUUCAGACGACUGGGCGUACAACCUCGGCAUCAAAUACUCCUUCACUUUUGAGCUCCAGGACCGCGGGCAUUACGGCUUCCUCCUGCCACCAUCUCACAUACCCAAAGCCUGCAAUGAAGCUCUGACCGGUGUGAAGACCAUCGCUCUGAAAGUUAUAGAGAAAACACAGACCCCAACAAGUCCUCCUACAGCAGCUACACCUUUCUGGAAGUAACUUUUGUGGAUGAAACUUGUUGACACAAAUUGGUUUGAUUGUUUAUAAGGUGAUUAAGUCAGUAAUGAUAUAAAUUGUGUAAUUCUGAUGCCAAAUAAACAUUUCCAUGUU